AUGAGUAAUCCUGUAAAAGUAGAUUCAAAGAGAAUAGAUCUGUUGAUGAAUCCGAAUGGUUUGCAAUCUGGACAUCGAUUGCAAGAACAACAACAGAAUAUAGUUAGAUCAAAUAAUCAACAACAUCAACAACAGCAACAGCAAUCUAUGUCAUCACCAAAGAAACCUAGAUCUAAAGAAACAUUGGAUGUUUUUGGUGAUAUAGAUGAAGGUUUCUUAAGAAAACCAACACCAAUCUCAAGACAACAACAACAGCAACAACCAGCACCUUCCUCUUCAUCUUCUAAAUCACAUGUAUAUUCAAAGCAAUCUGAACAAUUAUUAAAACAACAACAACAACCACCACCUUCAUCAAAUAAUAAUAAAUCACAAUUAUUACCUGUAAAGCAAUACCAACAAACCAAUUUAACAAAUGAAUCAAAAGAACAACGUAAAUCAAAUAUUUCACCAAAUCCACAACAACAACAUGCACAAAAACCAUCAUCGACUAACCAUAAGAUGACGGUAUUUAAAGAUUUAGAUUUCUCAACGUUUGAUGAGGAGUACAACAAUGAAAAGGGUACCUAUAAAUUCGAUGACGACUUUAGUGAUAGCAGCUCUCAAGAUCCAACGCCACCAACCAAGAAAAAGUCAUCAUCAUCUAAAAAAUCUUCUUCUUCUUCAUCUUCUUUUGUAGACGAUGAUGAUUUUGUCGAAUUAUCAUUAAAUGAUUUGGAAAUAGGUGGAAAACAAUAUUGUAUACCAUUUUAUCAGGCACCUGAGAUGUGUAGUAAUGAAGUUAGAAAUUGGUUAGAUAAACAAUGGUUCUUACCAUCAAAUAAGAAAGAUAUAAUAUGGUCACCGCAAAAUAGAUUUUAUUAUCCAGUAUAUGUUUUCACUGUGAGCGCAACCAUAAGUUUCAGUGCAUCUUAUGUGGUACCGGAACAGGGUGUACAAACUAUAUCAGAGACAAACACACAGGUCUACGAUGAGAUCAUAGCUUGUGCAUCAAGUUCUGUUGACAUAAAUUUAGUGGAGAAAUUAAUAUUUGAUAACUGCUUUUCACACAGAACACCUUAUUUUUUGCCGGCCAAAGACGAUUUAGAAAAAUGCUCAGGCAAACUCACAGAGAAAAUGCUUGCAAUAGAUAUUUCGAGAAAUGACAUUUGGGAAGAUAAGAUACUUUCAUUCAUUGAGAAAACAGAGAGAAGAAGAUGUCAAGAAUAUAUACAAAAGAAACAUAAAAUAACCAAUUUCAAAUUGGAACUAGCCGAACCAAAGAUAGUUAAGGAAUCAAUGAUAGUGGUCUAUCUACCGAUUUCAGCAGAGAACUUCCAGCUUGGUGGUAAAUUCUAUGAUACCCUCACAAGUGGAAAUAUAGGUCAAACUGUUGGACGAUCACCAACCGGAACAGGUAUAAAUACUUUUUAA